GUCACUCAGUUCCUAACAUAACUCUGUUUUGCUAACUAAUUUGCAAAAUUACUUUGACGCACUUUCGUUGGUUGCUAAGGUAGAAUGUUUAUAAACAUAUAUUAUGUCAGAAAGUAUACUACGGUUUACCAACUGAGAAUAGUGAGAAAAGUUGUUUUAUGUAAACUUCAGCACAGUAGAUUGAUGACAGUUAAUGUGUUGACUGUUAGUUAAUGAGUAAUGCAGAAACAAGGACAACUAAAAGAAAGCGAGAAGCCUGAUCUUCGUUUGUUUGGUUCACAGAUAAACCUGUGUGAACGGCCGCGCGUGAACAGCAGGAAUGGUGUCCGCUCGUCGUCCGUCUGCUCCAGAAGACCCAUGUCCGCAGUGCCGGCCUAUGGGAGCCAGGUCAGUCUCUCGGAGAGACUGUGGAGGCGCCCCCUGUCGGCCGACAGCCCGUACGCUCCCGGGGAGUUGGCUUGGGCGACGCACUUCAGCGUGAGCGACCGCCGAGACGAGCUGGUCGCACGGUCGACCACGUCCAGCGAGGCCGGGUCGGCUCUCGACCAAGGACUCGAGAGUGGUUUUGGAGCGACCUACGCUCUGCCCUCUGUCCUGCUGCUGGAGGACCUGACCACAGAAGACUUCGGGCGGACUUGGACGGAGGCUCCCUCGGCCAGAACUGAGCUCUCGGAGGAUCAGUGCAGGUCAGAAAAGAGCCUCGGCCAGAGGAUAAUUACGAUGGCCCGGGAGACGUCCCGGAAGCCCAGUUCGGGAAAGAAGCCUCCUAUACCUUUCCCUAAACCCAUCUUGACCAAAAGUAUGCCCAAGAAGCCUCCGAGGGACACCAGCGCGUCGCGGGAUUCAGGUGUCGGUAGCGCGGCGGCCAGUGGCACCGGAUCCAAGCAGAGUGUCGCUUCGGGCAACAAGUCUGACAUUUCUAAAUCCACCGACACAGACGGCACGGAAAGGGACAGCUGCUCGUCUUCGUCGACUUCGUCUGUGAAGUCUGACGCGGGAAGUAGCGGGAAACGUCCGGGCAGCCCGGUGCCGACUCGGAGUUGUGAAGCGAAGAGCGACGAAGCCGUGGACAACAUCAUAAACAACAUUGCGAACAGAGACCUAGGGAAGGAUGUGGUGGGCACCGAGGAGACGGCUCUAGCCGCUGGCGAGGGUGUAGCUGGCUCGGCCGGGACGGCGGGGGAUCCCGACCAUGUGGUGGAUCUGAAGUUCCAGCGCUGGUUCGGGGUGGCGACGGGGCCUCCGCUCUCGCACCGCGUGUGGGAGGCAGAGCGCCGCACCGAUGUGCUCCUGGAGCAGCUGGAGGCGGAGGAGUUCCUGUCGGUGCGGCACGUGGCAGCUCCCGUCUCCGUAGACCUCGUGGCGUCUCACCAGCACGAGCAGACAGCUGCUGAAGUUCCCGGUUCUCCUUUGGCAUUUGAGAACGGAGGUGAUGAGGACGCACGCGACCCUGCCUCUCCGGCCCACCGAAGGAACGUGACCCACGUGAGGACGUCUCCGCCCAGCACGGACGACCAGUCGUGGAUGGCCACGCUCGACAUCCCGGUGCACGACGUGGGGACUCUGUGUCCGGGGAGCGAGGACGGCUCGGGCGAGGACACGGCAGCAUCAGCCACUCGGGCCAAGCCGUCCAGCCCCGGGACCGACCGACCGGGCUGCUUGCGGGCGUCACGUGGCGGGGGGGACGGCGCGGCACGAGAUGGCACGGCCGACGACAGGAGGGCAAACCCAGGGGAAGCCACGUCGGGUAUCCGCGCUGGUGCGCUCCAAGAUCCUGACGUGAGGAAACUAACAGCUGCGACGGUCGACCCAGCUAUCGACUCGACUUACGACGACAUUGUCAACGUCCUUAAGUUUAUGGAGCAGGAAGAAACGGGCACAAUAAUGAAGUUGGACAGACUGACGAUGUCUCCUCAACUGGACACCAUUUCGGACACUAUUUCGACUGAGAAUGACCAUAAAAAGACAUCACCAACUAGUGGGAAGUUAAAGGACAUAUUGACGUUUCUUGAUGAGGUCGAUCAGUGCUGUGAAUCUGCAGUGAACACUGCAAAGAAUUACUUGGAGACUCCUAGAGACAUCGGUCAAGUUACCCCCAUCAAAUCUUCAGGACUACCGAGGCUGGACGAGCUGCUGCGGCUGAACGUGGUGGACCUGGCGCACCAGGUGCUCACGCUGCAGCUGCAGCUGGAGGAGCGUGCCAGCAGCGUGGGCGUGCUGCAGGAUGCGCUGGCCGAGCAGCGGCAGGGCGCGCUCGACGCAGACAAGGAGCAGCGCGCCCGCAUGCGCGAACAGAAGAGGGAGCUGGAGGCGGUCGUUGCCAGGCACCAGAAGUUCAUCGACCAGCUGAUAGCGGACAAGAAGUCGCUGAGCGAGAAGUGCGAGUCCCUGGUGGCGGAGCUGAGGAAGGCGGAGGAGCGCUUCGGCUCGACGCUGCGGGCCGUGGAGGAGCGGCACUCCAUCGAGUUGCAGCGAGCCAAGGAGAUGCACGCCGCGGCCGAGAAGCUGAGGCGCGAGCGCUGGAUCGACUCCAAGACCCAGAAGAUAAAGGAGAUGACGGUGAAGGGGCUGGAGCCGGAGCUGCAGCGCAUGGCGGCGCGCCACCAGCAGGAGCUGGCCGACCUGCGCGCCCUGCACCGCCAGGAGCUGGAGGACACGGAGGCCCGGGCUGCGCGCCGGGCCGCACUCGCCGCCGAGCAGAUGGCCGUGCAGCGCGAUGAAGCCGCCGCCCGCGACAAGGAGCAGCUCCGCCAGCGGCUGGAGAAGCAGCUGGCCGACGAGGAGCAGCGCCUGCAGGAGUUGCGGCGCCGGCUGGCGGCGGACGCGCAGCGCGAGAAGGAGCGGCUGGCGCACGAGGCGGAGCGCCAGCGCCAGGAGCUGGAGGAGACCAGGCGCGGCCUGGCGCGCGAGGGCGAGCGUGCGUUAGAGCGUGCCCGCGCGGAGUUCCGCGAGGCUCUGGAGACGGCCGGCCGCCGGCACCAGAGCGAGCUGCAGCUGGCCAAGGAGGCGAUGGAGGCCCAGCGGGAGGCGUGGGCGCUGGCCUUCAAGAAGCAGCAGGCCGGCCUGCUGAGCGAGAAGGAGGCGGAGCUGCGCGACCAGCUGCGCAGGGAGCGCGACCGGGAGAUAGAGCUGGUGAUAGAGCGGCUGGAGAGCGAGGCCGCCCACGGCCGGGCCGAGCUGGAGCAGGCGGCCGACAACCGGCUCAGGCGGCUGAAGGAGCAGCACGAGGCGGAGGUGCGGGACCUUGAGGCGGCGGAGGCUGCCCUCAAGAGCAAGUACAGCAGCGCCAAGCAGCGGCUGCUGGAGUGUGAGGACCAGCUGACCGGCCAGCAGGCCCAGCUGCGACAGCUCGGCAAGGAGCUGCAGGAGGCCAGGAAGAUCGCGGACCGGCUGUCGGAGGAGCGCGCGGCGGUGAAGCAGGUGGUGGAGCGCGAGAUGGCAGGCCAGCUGCUGACCCUGCAGCAGGAGAUGGCGCGCAUGCGAGAAGAGGCGGCAGAGGCCCGGGUGCGCGCCCAACUGGAGCUGGCGGCCCGGGAGCAGGACAUGAGCGCGCUGGCCACGGCCAAGGAGCGCGACAUGCAGCAGGUCUACCACAGGGUGAAGCUGGCCGUGGCGAAGAAAGACGAGACCUUCCAGCAGCUGAAGAAGCAGUAUGAAGGAGCGCUGGAGCGCAGCUGCCACCUGGAGAAGAUGCUGGAGCAGCAGCGUCGCGACUUCCUGCUCAAGUGACUUUGCUGUCAGCUUCGGCUUCUACGCGUGCCAUCCGUCCAGCAUGCCGUCCACUUACUUCCCCGUGCAGUUGUGUGUACGGAUGCAACAACCAAGACUGAACAGUGCACUUGGCAACUGACACACAGUGUUCGUGCCAAACAGUUUAACAGUGAGGCAGAGGUGGUAGUGUCAUGUCUGGAGGGUUGUUUCACAGCCAGUCCAGGUCUGUGUCAUUGACUCAUACAAGUGUACCGUAAAUAAAAGAAUUCAGCACAUUC